GGCUUCACGCACUGAGGCGGGGCAACUACUACUCCCUCAUUACGUGUGCUAAGUGGGUUUUCAUUUUUGCGUAGCACGUCCCUCCCUUUCUUUGGUUUGCCUCCUUCCACCCAACGCACUCUCCGGCAGCGCAUUGCCGGCCAUCAAUAUCCAGACGAAUUUAUUCAGAAAUAUUUCUGAAGCGACGUUGAAAAGAUGAACAGGUAGAUUCGUUUACUUUAGUUGGAUUAAACUUCGAUGAGUCUUUGCUAGUUCGUUUGAGUAUAUGGCGGUGUCAAUGUCGAGAAGGCUUUUACGUUCCCUUUAUGGGCCCUUAUAUGCAUUCGGCCGCUGUGAUUCUCCAACGAUCACAUUUCGAUCGUUUCGUACUUAUUAUGACUUGUGCGGCCAUCUUCAUGGAGAUAAUAUAUUUUCUCCAGGAUCCUCUGGUCUUUUCAAGGGUGGAUCAUCUGUCGCAGCUAAUAGAUGGCUUUCAACAUCCAUUCUGACCCCUGAAUCGGGUGAAGGAGCUUUUCCCUCUCAUUUAUUGUCCACGAAGCCUCUAGCAAUGGCCGAGCGUUCUAUAGGACUUUAUCAGGACCUGGUAAUUCCAGUAACUAAUUUUCACAACGAAGACAAGGGUUUCAUGGUUUUGGCUGGUGAUGUUUUUGACGUGCCUAUUAGGAAGGAUAUUGUUCAUCGUGUUGUACUAUGGCAGCUUGCAAAACGACAACAGGGAACACAUUCCACAAAAACUAUUAGUGAGGUAAGUGGCACUGGGAGAAAGCCUUGGCGGCAGAAGGGUACUGGUCGAGCAAGGCAUGGAACAUUGCGUGGACCCCAGUUUAGGGGCGGUGCUACUAUGCAUGGUCCUAAGCCACGAAGUCAUGCUAUCAAGCUGAAUAAGAAGGUUCGGCGUCUAGGGCUGAAGAUUGCUUUGACAGCACGUGCAGCAGAAGGAAAGCUUCUAGUAUUUGACGAUUUGGAGGUUCCUACACAUAAGACCAAGAAUUUGGUGAACCAUGUCAAGCAAAUGGAGAACACCAAGAAACUUUUGCUGGUGGAUAGUUGCCCGAUAGGCGAAAAGCUGAAGUUAGCCACCCAAAAUCUACAUUAUGUAAAUGUACUGCCAUUGAUUGGUUUGAAUGUCUACAGCAUCCUGCUUCAUGACACAUUGGUGAUGUCCCGUGAUGCUGUAAACAAAAUUGUUGAGAGGAUGCACACUCCGAUUAACCGUUAAAGUACUAUGCACUCUAUAAGCUCGCCCGCUGUUCCCUGAUAAUAGGAAUUAUAUUUCUCAUCCGUAGAAGAAAAGGAAUCCAAAACAUAAUCAUGUUUUACUUCUAUCAAAGUAUGCACAUGCAUGGCUGGACAUGUUGAUUUUUGUUGUGUAUUGACAUUUGUAUCUUCAGCUUAGAAUUUUGCAGUUGAAUUUAGGCUAUUCUCUCCAUUAUGACUACCAGAAA